AUGUCGAACUACUUAGUAGAGGAACACCAUGGGACCACAUUGAAGAAAGGAUCCAGAGCCAGAUCACCCUUACCGAACAACUACCGUCCUGAACUUGACAUGACAGAAGAACUUGAAGGAGAGGAAGGAGCAUCGUAUUUCCAAUCCCUUGUUGGUAUUCUGCGCUGGAUGGUUGAACUUGGUAGAAUUGAUAUCAUCACUGAAGUUAGUAUGCUUGCGUCUCACCUUGCUCUUCCCCGCAGAGGACACCUCAAAUCUAUUUUCCACAUGUUCGCCUACCUGAAAGCUCAUCACAAUGCUACUAUUGUCAUGGACCCAUCCUACCCACAGAUCGAUCACUCUGUCUUCAAGACAUGCAACUGGUCCGAUAUGUACCCUGGAGCAACGGAGCCAAUACCUCCAAACGCGCCUGAACCACGAGGCAAGUCCAUUGAUGUCAUCCUGUAUGUUGACAGUGACUUAGCUGGUGACAACAUCAACCGCCGCUCUCGUACUGGAUACAUGAUCUAUGUCAACAGUCGUGCCCUUGUGAUUGCCCACUCAAAGAAACAGGCUCGGAUUGAGACCAGCGUCUUUGGGGCUGAGUUUUGCGCACUGACACAGGGUAUGGAUCGAAUGAGGGGACUCAGAUACAAACUACGCACGAUGAGAAUUCCCAUGAAGGGACCUACUUACGCCUACGGAGACAACAUGUCUGUCAUUCACAAUACACAGAGGCCUGACUCUACGUUGAAGAAGAAAUGUAAUUCGAUUGCAUACCAUGCGUGUUGUGAAGCCGUUGCUGCUGGUGAAAUGAUCACCGGUCAUGUCCCGUCGGAGAAGAUCCCAGCUGACCUAGCUACAAAGAUUGUACCUCCCGGACAGAAGAGAGACGGAUUACUGGACAUUGUGAUGUAUGACUUUCGAUGA